AUGACCGCACGCGUUGAUCGUUUCCAAUUCGAUUCGUUCGAUAACAAAACAGAAGACUGGGAUUAUUAUAUCCAGCGCUUCGAAAUUGAACUACAAAUUCACGGCCUCGACAAAGAAACUUCUGAGGAUAAACGAAAACAACUUCUUCUUUCUCGGAUUGGACCUGCAGCCUUCAAGGUACUCGUAGAUUACUAUCGACCAGUUGUCGUUACUACGAAGUCGUACGAUGACUUAAAGAAGGUGCUUAACGAAUAUUAUGGGAAAAAAACGUACGUUCUCUCAGAAAGAGUUACUUUUGCGACUAGACACAGAAAAGCAGAAGAAACAAUCACACAAUUCAUCCUCGAGCUAAGAUCAUUAGCGGGAUACUGCGAAUUCGGAACCACCCUAGACGAACGUAUAAGAGACCAACUGGUAAUCGGCAUCAAUAACAGCACAUGGCAGCAAGAACUUAUUAAAGAACACCCAACAAACAGUGCUAAACUCUCCGAUGUUAUAGCCACAGCAAACAAGCUUGAACAAGCAGAACUACAGAGCCAACGUUUAACGAACAACCCCCAGAUGGGUACUGAACAACAAACCGUUAACAAAAUAAGGCCCAAAACUCAUCGGCCUACUCAACAACAAACUCCUAAAGUAAAAACAUGUAUGUUUUGCGGACGUGAUUUUCACACGAACAUGAAUGACUGCCCGGCAAAAGGAAAACGAUGUAAUGCCUGCGGCAAAGAAAACCACUUUUCAAGCGUCUGCAUAACCAGCGGUAGGCUCAAGUUAAAACAGAACAAUACCACUAGACAAAUAACAAGGCAAACAGACAGCGACGAUGACAAUUUUGAUGAACAGAGCAUACACACAUUUGCUGUGAAGAGACACAACAACCCAACUACAAAAAUUAUGAUACCAACUCAACUCAACGCAAAAAGGGUCGAAAUGCUAUAUGAUCCAGGAGCAGUGCAUUCCGUAAUUGGAAAAAACCUAUGGAAUUCUAUUGGACGUCCACCACUAAAGAAAUGCAAGAACCUUAUGGCUUACACGGAAGUAGAAAUCGAAACAUUAGGAACAUGCGAGAUAACAGUUAAUGCUUUUAACAUUCAGAAGGUAUUGACCGUUUACGUUACGCUACGAAACGACAUUCCACUUUUUGGGCUGGAUUGGUGCUUAAGUUUCAAACUACCUUUGCCCCCUGGAGCCAGGCUGUACAAUAUAAAAACACCUGCAGCAAUAACCUCAACCCAGCACGACACAAAACAUAACAACGCAGUACAGAACAUCCUUCAAGAUUUCAAGUCACUCUUUGACGGUAAACUUGGAACUAUAAAAGGGCAUAGUGCUAAGAUUCACAUACCUAACGACGUGACGCCCAAAACAUUUCGACCUCGCCCGGUACCACUCGCCUUACGUGAACAAGUGAACAGCGAACUACAACGACUAGUCCAAGAAGAAGUUAUAGAACCAGUUGACACUAUGUCGACUCCAAUUGAAUGGGCCUCCCCAAUUGUCAUUGCAAUUAAGGCUAACGGAAGCAUCCGCAUUUGCGCCGACUUCAAAGUUACUAUAAACCAACAUGUCCAAACCGAUGAUUAUCCACUUCCCAGAUUUUAA